AAAAAGAAACCCUCCGUUACUCUGUCGUAUCAAGGCUAGGGUUUAUCGAUAGUGCGAUGUCGGCGCCGUGGUGGGAUUCCGACGACGACCGCUCUGGGGUUGAGUACCGCGCCUACGUUGGCAACCUCCCCUGGGGCACCGAUGAGAGCUCGCUCAAGGACUUCUUCUCCGACUACCGCCCGCUCAACGCCGACAUCGUCACCGACCGGGAGACGGGCAUAUCCCGCGGCUUCGGCUUCGUCUGGUUCGACGACAAUGAGUCGCUGAGCAACGCCAUCCAGGGCAUGGACGGCCAGGAGCUCGGCGGCCGCACCAUCACCGUCGACAGGGCCAAUCAACGCCCCCGCCGCUGGAGGAGAUGAAGAACAGCGAGGAGAUCUAUCUGCCCGCCCGGGCAUUCACGUUAUAGUGUCGGUGUCAAGUUAUUAAGUCUCCCGUGAUUGCUUAGUUUAUGGUCGUGAAACUGAACCUAUCGA